CAUAAACCAUAAUAAGAUAGUAAAAGUCAGAAUUAAUCAUAAAUCUAAAUUAUAGAUUAUAGUAAUAUGAAAUCUUUUCUUUUUUCCUUUUAAGUACAUAACAGGACCAGGCUAACAAAAUGCUACCUAGUAGGAGUCCUGUUUUGAUAGAUUGCUUUCAUUUCAUUUCAAUAAACGUUUAUUAGUAACUGAUGGAAAUAGUUCUUACCCAUUAAUGCUUAAUUGACAUACCAUUUUCCCCGAGUAAGUAGUAUUGUCAUCUGCUGAUACAGCUGUCACACUGAAUGUUCCUGGAUUCUUUUGAAGGCCUUAAGAUUAUAAUCCUUCCAUUCAGUCUUUUAACAUUACACAAUUGUUUAGGAAACUAGCCAUGCUCCAGCUCUGGGAAAUCCACAUAUAUUCCAUAUUAAUUAAGUCUGCUUUAAUAAACUGCUCGCAAUAGUCCUGUAGAUAUAGGAAGAAAAAUUAACUGUGCAGGGUCAGACAGCCACGGGAGGGUCGGAGUAAAACUACAGGCUAGUUUUGAUGGGUAUCUGUGAUUCUUUUUGGCUGUCAGUAUACAACUCACCUUCCUGUGUUUGGGGAAUUUCUCACUUUAGGAAUCUUGGUGGUGGAAAAAGUCCACCCCCCCCCACCACAGAAUCCAAAACCUCAACCUUAGCCUCCCUUAGGUUAGGGUGAGCAUGUGGCCAGUGAGAUCUCUCCAUCAGAUUCAACUGCCAGUGAUGCAAAGAAGCAGGGCCUGUGAAAAAUCCCUUUGGGGGGGUCAGGGGAAACGUGGCUACAUCCAGGUUUAGGGGCAGCGUUCAGCACCAGGGAGUCAAAGGGAGAAGCAGAGGGGCUGAGCCCAGGGGUGCCAGUUCUGCACUGAGUGAGGACAUGAUCCUGGCCGCAGCAUCCAAGCCAGGUUCCUCAGGGCACCCAGGGAAUCUGUUGAGCAUCCUAACACCUUGUCAUAAAUUCCUGUUCACUGAAUCAUCCAAAGAUGUUUUUUUUUUUUAUUGCAUUGCAAUUAAGAAUCCUAAUACUAGAACUGAACCUGGAAGCAUCCGAAGACCCAACAUCACUUAGUUCGAGACAAAAUUUUUGGGCAGACACCUCAGUGGAGGAUUCUGGAGUCAAAACCAACAGGUGCACAUGGUCAGACAGGAGUCUAGGUUUGGUUUCAGGCCUGAGGAGGAUGAGCUUGCUUCUGGAUCACCCUUCUUGAAGGCCCAGGACUCUGGCAGUGGACACCCUUCUCAGCAUCCGGCACCAUGGUCUCCAUGAAUUCUAACAAAGGAAAAGCCAGCUGUACCUCAAAGCUAAUUACUGGCACACAAUUCACUUUAUGUUUUCUGUUUUCAAGAGUUUUCUGGAUGUCUCUUGCAACAUGGAUUGUCUUUUCAUUGGGAUGUGUACAUCUGUGCACGAGAGUGUGUUCUCCUUUUGAUAUAGGCUGUUCUUCCAGGGGCCACUUUGCUAAUUUUAUACCAGCUUAUCAUGGGGGCUGAAUCCAGUAGAGUGUAGUGAAGAUCAGCCAUAUUCUUCCUACCUCUUCUCUCACACACACUCCUUGCGCAUUCCUACCCCAAGCCCCGGAGAGCAGCUUGGGCAGAUCCUACAGCUUUCUUGACACUUUCAGAUAUUUAAACAUUUAGUCAAGUCUACCUCAACAUUUUAACAUCUCAUCCAAUUUCAAACUUCUUUCUGCCCAGCUGAGGCCUGGCCUGUGGCUUGAGGACCGACAAACAGAAAGGAGUUGGCACUAGAGGUGGGAGACACACAGCCUUUUCUUUUACUCCCUAGGCUCCACCUCCUCCUCUCCUCCCCCACCCCUUCCCCUAGAUCCUCUGGGGGUUGGGUCCAGCAGGAGAGAGAGGUGAUUUCCUUCACUCCAGAUGCAGUUUUAGUUCUCCUUUGGUGGAGACUUGCUUUCUGUCACGGCAGAUAUUCAAAUGCUGGCUGGUUCCUGGAGGUUCUUUCGGGACCCUCCACCCUCCCCUGGCACAGCAAUGCACCCUCCUGCCAGCGGCUCACAGAACUCUGGGAAACACUUAGGUUUACCAGCUUGUAAAAGAAUAUGAUAAAGGAUAUAGAUGAAUAAUCAGAUGAAAGGAAACAUUGGGCGAGGUCUGGAAAGGUCCUGAGCACAGGAUCCUCUGUCCCCGUGGCGUUGGGGUAUGGUAUCCUCCCAGUGUGGAUGUGUUCACCCACUUGGAAGCUCCCGGAGCCCCCUAGUACUGGGAUUUUAUGAGACUUCCCUCACGUAGGCAAGAACCAUCAUUAACUCUAUUUCCAGCCCCUCUGCCUUCUCUGGAGGAUGGCAGAGUGGGAAUGAACAUUCCAAGCUUCUAAUCAUGACUCGGUCUUUCCGGUGACCAGCCCCUAUCCAGUAGCCACCCGGGAGCCCACCCAGAGUUCCUCAUUAGAACACAUGUGCUACUAGUGUUCUUAUCACUUAGGAAUUUACAAGGGUUUUAGGAGACCUGUGUCUGGAUGGGUUCAAAGACCAAAUAUUAGAACAAGAGAUGCUCCUAGUGGUCUUAUCACACAGGAAAUCACAAGGGUUUUAGGAGCUCUGUACCAGGAAACAGGGGUAGAAACCAAUAUAUAUAUUUUCUAUUAUCUCACAAGUGCGUACAUUUUAGGGUUGUAAGAAUUAAGUGAGCUAAUAAUACUGUAAGCAGCACACAAGUGUUAGAGUUAACUCUCUGAAAAUACUGCAGUAAAAUUAGUUAAGAAUUUCUUCUGCUCUCUCCAGUUUUUGUUUCUUGAUUUCUUUUACUCUGCUUAUUUCAAUCUCCAUCUCUCACCUAGAAGGCUUGUCUCACGUGUGGUUAUCCUUAGCUACCUGCUUAUAUUUAGGGGCUGGCAUUAAAGUGCUGAGUGGAAGUGUGUGUGAGGAUAGUUUGUCAACUGGUGUGACCUAACUCCACUCUGAUAGAACUGUAUACUCUGUGAGAUCAGGAUCCUAUCUAUCUUGUUAGCCACCAGAUUCCCUGCAUCUAGAACACAAUAGGUGCUCAAUAAAUAUUUGAUGUUAUUCUUAAACCUCUCUAAGCCUCAGUUUUCUCAUCUGGAAAUUGAGGAUAAAAAAUAUUUACCUGGCAGGAGUUGUGAGAAGAGAUAGUAUAUGUAAAGCACCAGUUCAGUGCUCAGCACUGUUGUAAAUAAUAAUGGUAGCAAUCAUUAUUAUUGUUAUCAUUUCUAGGGACAUCAGGGCAGCAGCUUCAUGACCAUUUGUGGUCACCACUGACCAUGCUAAAUAUAGAGCCAAAGCACAGUACCUGUUGAGAGGCUAGUUAUUACAGGACAAAUCAGCAAAGCAAGGAGAGGGCUUAAGAUAAUAGCCCUUGACAUUCAAUGUUUAGAAAGUCCAAGGACACUGGCUUUCGUCAUGACUGAGAAGGUGGGUAGUGAUGCUGCAUUGCCAAAUAGCUCUGUAGAAUGGCCAUUCACAUGGAAUGCUCCUGUAUUGCUCUGUUCAGUCUAUUAUAAGCAAUUUAGCAGUAAAGGCACUGGAGAAGGUUAAAUGGUGUACCAAGCCUUCCCCCCAAACCUGGCACUCUAUCCAGACAGCAGGCAGGCUGCUAGAAAUGUAAACAACCCAUUUCUUCUGGAAAUGGAAACAAUCCGUUUCUUUUGGAAUAGAGUUUUUGAAAGUAAUACAUGUAUAUAGUUAAAAAAAAAAAAAUCAAACAAUACAAGAGGGUGUAAAUGGAAGAGUCAGCAUUCCUAUCACCCCCAAACCUUCAGGCAGAUUCCCCAGAGAUAAUCACUGUUUUGUCUUACAGAUACUUUUAGGUAUAUGCAAGAAUAUAUGCAUAUUUUUUCCCAGAUGGGAUGGUAAAAAACAGUUCUGAAACUUGUUUUUUUGCCCUUUAUUUAUCCUGAAUAUCUUUGCACAUCAGUAUAUAAAGAUUUAUCUCAUUUUUAACAACUGCUCUGUUCAUUAAGAAAAGGUAAGAGAUAAGCCCCCAGAUCUCCACGGCUUAACACAAUUGAAGUUUCUCAUUUACCUAAAUCCAAUUGGUGGUAGCGAGUGUGUGGGGGAGGGGAGGUGUUCUGACCCUAGCACUUAUUCAGAGAUCAAGGAUACCCAGGACUUCAACAUAUGACUUCCACAUCCUUGGUGGCUUCUAAGGUCACCCUGGGUAUUAGAUGGGGAAAGAGUGUGGAGGAAGGUGAGGUUUUAAAUGAACCAGGCCUAGAAAUGUUUUAUACCACUUCUGCUCACUUCCAUUGGCCAAAUUAGCCUGACUGCCCUAGACUAGUACUAGGAAAUGUCCCAGAUGGACAGCUUCUUCCCACAGUAACUCAGCUCUAUGGAAGGAAGCUCAAACCUUUGAGGGGCAGUGAGCCACAUCCCACACAGACACAUUGUAGGAAUACACCCUCAUUUAUUUAAGCUUUAGAAGGCUGGUUUUCCUCUUCUCUAGAUUCUUCUGUUUUUCUACUUGUCUUUUGUCAAAGGCAAAUUUUUUUAAGUGUAGAAAACUACUAACUGGUAAGAAUGUAGAAAUAAGAAAAUGGACACUUGUGGAGCGUAUACACUCGUUCACAUCUGGUGGGGUUAGGAGGGAGACACGACCAACGAAAAGCCUUUAAAGGAUGCAUAUCUUUGACCCAGUAACACUUCCAAGGACAUUUCCAAAAGAAAUUAGUGGGUAACUGCUUGCACUAUGUACAAGGAUAUUUAUAAUAGCGACACAUUGUAAGCAACCUACAUGCCCAACAACAGAGACCUGUUUACAGUGCAUCCAUAUAAUGGAAUGCUUUGCAGGUGUUUAAAAUAAUUGCAUGGAUACCUGCAAACAUUAAAAUACGUCCAUAUGUUCUGAUAAAAAACAAGACUCCUAAACAGUGUAUUUUUUUUUUAAACAAAUUGAUUACGUGUAGCAAAAGGCUGGAGGACAUCUGUUAAAUAAAACGUUUACAGUGUUUAUCCCUGGUGGGUGUGACUAUGGUUGUUCUCACUUUCUUCUUUUCCACCUUUUGUAAUGUCUCAAGUUUUAUCAUUAGAAAAAAGUGAAGCUAUUUUCCGUUUGAAACAAACAAACAAAAAAAUGUAGAUAAAGAGGACUGGGGCUUAGGCGACUGAAAGCAAGUAUGUGAGACCCAGCCUCCAGGACCCUGCCUGUCACCCAACACUCAAGUCGCUAUCAGGAGCACUUCUCUCUGUUGCAGUGACUGGCUUCUGUCACGCAAUCCCCAGGUUAUAAUGAGGGGAGGACAGGCCUCAGGGCAGAGGCAGCAGUCCCAGGGUCGGCAGGCUGCGGCUUGCCAUGGGGAACACCAUCAGGGCCUUCGCGGCCUUCGUCCCAGCUGACCGCUGCCAGAACUACAUGGUCAGAGACCUCCGGGAGAUGCCGCUGGACAAGACGGUGGAUCUGAGCGGGAACUUGCUCCGCCGCUUCCCCGUGCACGUGUGCUCCUUCCAGCAGCUGGCCAAGCUCUACCUGAGUGACAAUCGCCUCAACAGCUUGCCUCCGGAGCUGGGGCAGCUGCAAAAUCUGCAGAUCCUGGCCCUGGAUUUCAACAACUUCAAGGCUCUGCCCCAGGUAGUAUGUACCUUGAAACAGCUCUGCAUCCUCUACCUGGGCAACAACAAACUCUGCGACCUCCCCGGUGAGCUGAGCCUGCUCCAGAAUCUCCAGACCCUGUGGGUCGAGGCCAAUUACCUCACCCAGCUGCCAGCUGUGGUGUGUGAGCUGAGUCUCCUUAAGACUCUGCAUGCUGGCUCCAACGCCCUGCGUCUGCUGCCAGGCCAGCUCCGGCGCCUCCGGGAGCUGAGGACCAUCUGGCUCUCAGGCAACCUGCUGACAGACUUCCCCCCUGUGCUGCUUCACAUGCCUUCCCUGGAGGUGAUCGAUGUGGACUGGAACAGCAUCCGAUACUUCCCCAGCCUGGCCCACCUGUCAAACCUGAAGCUGGUCAUCUAUGACCACAAUCCUUGCAGGAAUGCACCCAAGGUGGCCAAAGGGGUGCGUCGCGUGGGAAGAUGGGCGGAGGAGACCCCAGAGCCUGACCCCAGAAAAGCCAGGCGCUACGCACUGGCCAGGCAGGAAAGCCAGGAGGCACAAGUGCCUGCCCUGCCUCCUCCACUUCCGCCUACCAACUCCUGAGAAGUUUCAGGUGUAGGUCAAUGCCAAGGACCCAACUACAGCAUCUUCUGGAGACCUCUCCAUUAGAAUGCAAAGGACUGCUCUGGGACAGGUGGGGCAGCUCUGCCACUGGAAAAUGGAAUAGAGUCAGAUGAAAUGCCUACCUCACACCAAGAAAAUACUCAAG